AUGUUGGCCGCAUACUCAUCCUUGCUGCAACGAUGGCCCCUGACUACCAAGGGCUUCAGUGCCGGCAUGCUAUUCAGCCUGGGCGAUGUCAUGGCACAACGCCUAGAGACGGGAAAGGCAGAAGAUCUCCAGCGCUUGGUGUCCUUUGGUAGCUACGGUGCCUCUUGGUAUGCCAUCAGCCAGCACUACUGGUUCGCCUGGAUGGAAAGCCACGUGGCGACCAGCCGGCCGCCCGCGCAAGCGGCCGUCGCCCGGGUUUGCGCGCACUCCGCGGUCUUUGCUCCCUUCAGCAUCGUGUCCCUCUUCGGUUGGAUGGCCAUCACCACGGGCCGAUCUUUUGAAGAGCUUCAAGAUAGUUGCCAUCCCGAGGCGGUCUUCCGCGUUUGGGCAGCUGGAACCAUCUUCUGGAUUCCCACGAUGCUGGGCGUGUAUCGUUUCGUGCCACUUCAUGGACGCGUCAUUGUCACUUCGGGCGCGAACGUCCUUUGGAGCUGCUACCUUUCGAAGUCCGCCGCAGACCAACGCAGUGCUUCGAUGGAGUCAAGCAAUCAAAGUUGGACUAGAUGA